AAAUGCAGACUUUAUUGCACAUAACGAGAAAGGCUUGGAGAUAUUAUUCAGCUAACAAUUGAAUUCAAAUAAACAUGGGUGUUGAUAUACAAACUUAUAGAUGUAGAAUCGGGACCUUCAGAUCCUUACAAGGAUUUGAUGUAAAAACGCUUUCAUGUUGCGUGAAUUACAGCAGAGGUUUGAAAAUAGUAGGGUCUGUUGCCUUUAUAGGAAUACUUCUACUAAUUGCUGGGGUGGAAUCAAACCCAGGACCUCUUACAACGGAGAAAUGCACAUGUUCCGCACACAAAACUAAGAUCAAAGUUUCCGGGCUACCAACAAACGUAGAUGAAGAGGACCUCGAAAAUUUAUUUGAAAAUGAAAAGAGGCAAGGCGGUGGCAGUGUUAAACAAAUUACAAUGUUUCCUAACAAAGCUAUUGCGAUAGUUGAAUUUGAAGAGGAAGAAGCUGUUGAAAAGGUACUGAAGAAGAGGCCUAUAAACAUAAAGAAGAAAACCGUUGAUAUAGAGCCAUACCAUACCCCGUAUACCCUCAAGCUAAAAGGGCCACAAAUAACUUGGACGUCGAUAGACAAACCAUCUGAAUGUUUGGAAAAAUCAUAUGGUGAAGUGUCAUGCAUUACAUUCUCAUCAGAAGAAAUUGGUGCCAUGUUUGUUACAUUCAAAGAUGAAAAAGUUGCAAAUGAGCUCGUUAUUAAAGGUGAAUUGAGUGUUGAAGAGGUUACAUUUACUGCAGUAUUCCACAGUCCAGAAAAGAAAAUUCAUGAUGACGACAAAUUCGCGGAUGUAGAUUGUAUAAAGUCAGAUGUAGACGAUAAAGAUAAGGACACCGGCCACGAUGAAGAUAGACUUUUUCCAUAUGAACAAUUCAUUAAAACCCUAGGACUCGUGGAUUACUACCCUGACAAGAUAAACAUUUCCUGUGUUAUGACAAUCGAUAUUGAAAAUGGAUCAAUGUUUGAUCGAGACCAGACAAAAAUAGAACUGACCGAACUUCCGUGGAUACUUUUAAGAAGUCUACUUGGGGUUUACUGCAAAGCAAGGGAUCGGGUAGCAUCAUUAAUUUAUGAAAGAUCAGGAAGUCAAGGGCAAUUUACAAGCGAUUGGUUAUUUACCGAAAGUUAUGAUGAUACUGAGAUAAAUCCACUUGAUCUUUUCAUUACGGUUUACAAAUGUUGUGAUCCUAUGUUAAAGCAACUUUUGUUUCAAAAGUGUUAUUCUUGUAAAAUCGCAGUCCCUUUUAUACAUGUACUUCAUGAUUUCUCAUCACUGAGUAGUAGAUCAGUUGUCUCAAUUUGGCCUUUAAGAUGUCUUUUUAUCCAGAACAGGUAUGUCACUAAUGAAGGAAAAAGAAAUUUAAGCGUUGAAGAGGGCGUUUACGAGCACCCAACAAAUCUUAUAACAUUUGCGCGCAUCGGAAAAACAGAUAAUUCUAAAUCGGAAAUGCUAAACUGGCUGUUAUCAGAUAAUAAUUGCAAGACAUUCUUUGAUAAAAACUGCGCCCGACAAAUGACCAGCCAUAAAUAUAGUGAAGGGCUCGUUGAAAUAUUUUGGCUUCCAAUAGACGGUAAUUCAAUGGAUAGGUUUAAUAAUCCUGUCACAUUUUUAAAUUGUAGAGGCAGUUUACACCACUUUCAGAAAGAAGUAUUAGAUUUUGUGUCUAAAUUGACAGACAUCAUGGUUGUACUGUUAGAUAUCGAAUCUUUACAUGGAACAUCUAAGUGGUGUACAGAUGACUAUGUGUCAAAAUUUUCAUCGAUGAUAAUUAUCAUUGAUAAUCCUAUGAUAAGAAAAAACGAAUCGAUUGUGAACACAUUCCGCUCAAAAAUGCAAUCGCAAAGAAAGAUCUGUGAAAUAAUUUCAACUUACCAAUGUGAAAGAAAACUAAAUCCUAUUGAAAUGACAGGACUCUUACAGCAGAAAUUGCAAAGUCUUCUCAUUAAAAUUCACUUAUUGUCAUUAAAUGAUCGCAUUAAAUCUUUGUCUCAAAACAUUGAUUUGGAUGAAGACAGCGAUUCUUGCAAAAACGGGAAAAAACGUGCAAGGAAUAUAAUUGAAGAAAUGAUGAAAGCAGGGAACUCAUUGAAAUGGAAGACAAUUAUUACCCCAGUUCAAACAACUAUUUCCAAUCGUAUCGCACCGUUGAUAAAGCAGCAGCAACGUUUACAAUAUGAAACUGAAAUUAAGGAUAUUGAUGAAAAACUACUUUCAUUGAGACAUAGCUGCCUGGAUAAUGUGACAUCCACAGUACAAAAGUUUGCAUCUUAUCUUUGCGAGACUCAUACAUGUGAGCUUUCCCUCCAGUUUUUUCUUGGGUGGUUAAAUAUCAUGCUGGCAAAUAAAAAGAUGUCAACAGUCCGCGAAUUACAAACACAAUGCAAUUUAGACAUUGAUAGAUUAAAAUCAAGUGACUUAUUGGUUAUAAAUGUUAAACAAGAAGUCGACUCUUUACUGAAAGAAACAGAAGAUAACAUAGAAAAAUCUUCCUUUAGUAUUGAGCAUCUUCUCCGCGAAAUAAAUCAUAUCUACAAUGUGUGUUUGAUCUUAAAAAGAGAGACUAGCCUCCCCCCUGUAGACAAAAUGAAAACUACUUUAGCUAACUUGAUAUAUAUUGGAUAUACAUUUGAACUUGUAGAUGGUGACAAUUUCUUUUUGCCAACUCAUUGGGUAGAAGAAAUUUUGCAGUCCCUUUCAUUUAAAAUUGAUAAUAAAAGUUUUUUGACACUUUCAGUUCUAGGACUUCAGAGUUCUGGAAAAUCAACCUUGCUGAAUACAAUGUUUGGAUCGCAUUUUGCUGCUUCAUCUGGGCGAUGUACGAAAGGCCUGAAUUUGAAACUAAUUCCUAUGUCCCAAAGAAUUACAAAAUGUAAUUUUAGAUAUGUAUUAGUUGUCGAUACUGAAGGGUUGAGAGCUACAGAACUUUAUGAUUGUAAGAUGGCUCAUGACAACGAAUUAUCAACAUUCAUUACUGGACUUGGUGAUGUUACUCUUCUUAAUGUAAUGGGGGAAAAUAUUUGUGAAAUCAACGACAUUCUCAAUGUUACUGUUCAUGCUUUUAUAAGAUUGAAAAAGGCAAAUAAGUCCUUGGAUAUUCGAAAGUCAUGUUAUUUUGUACACCAAAAUGUAAGUGGAAUAUUAUCUGCACGAAACACUAGGCCUGGGUUACGAAAACUAGUGCAGAAACUGAAUAAUGCAACCAAAGACGCCGCUCAAUUGGAAAAUGUUCCUAACAUCAGUGAGUUUAAUGAAAUUAUGGAAUUUAAUAUGGAUUCACAAGUAUUCUAUAUGCCAACACUUUGGCAGGGUAACAGCCCUAUGACAUUUGUAAAUUGUGAAUACAGUCAGCAUGUAAACUUUGUGAAGAGCGAGGUGCUACAUGGGGCUUGUGAAAUGACAAAUAAGUCGUACAAAUCGUUAAGUGAUUUGGUAAUCCAUAUGAAAGAUCUAUGGACAGGUGUUCUUAGCGAAGAUUUUGUCUUCUCAUUUCGAAAUAAUAUAGAAAUCAAAGCUUACAUUCAUUUAAACGAAUAUUUUAAACAGAAACACUCUAUAAUUGAAAGGCAAAUUUAUGAUAAAUGCUGUGUGUCUGCACAAAAAUCUUUUUCAAGGUCAGUUGAUAAAAAGCAAUUAGACUUUGAUUUUGACAAUGCUAAAACGUUUACUAACAAAACAAUAGACAAUGAAGAGGAGAAUUGGAAGGUAGAAAUGGAUGACUUUUUAAGACAAAGUAGUUAUUCUGAAGAACAAGUGCAUUGGAAAGGUAUGACAAUGACUCGCAUUGCCUCUACAUGCCUAGACCUUAAAUACAAUAUAAGCCUCGAACUUUCUGCACUUUAUGAUAAUAGAGCUGUUGAAAUUUUAACAACAAUGGACAAAACACAUGAAGAUAAACUCAUUAAAAAAUCAUGGAAUUUGGCCAAACAAUUAAAGGGAAAUUUUACACCUGAAAUAAUAGACAAAAAGUUUGAAACGAUUUGGACAAAUAUUGCUUCUCAAUCACUUACGCGUAGCAGUGGUGAAUCUAAAUUAAUUGAUAUCAAAAAAAUUAUAUAUAAUUGCUUAAACAAACUCUUUGACCAAGAUAAGCCUCUUUUAAAGAAAUUCUUAGAUAAACGAGGUGAGAAUACUGUAACGAUUACGUUACAGGACUCUUUUGAAAAUUUAUGCUUAGAUACAUCAGAUGUAAAAAGAAAAAACCAUAUUUUGACGAAAGACAAAAAAGAAAGCAUAAAAGAAAGCAUCGACAUUCUUUUCGACAGAAUUGAUGAUAUCCUUACGCAGCAACGAAAAAACAAGAAUAAAAUUACUGGAUCUGGUGUAACACGUUUCUUUGAGGAAGUAGAAGAAUAUUAUGCUAGUUUCGAAAAGCAACACGCUGAGGAUUUUUCAUUUACCAUUUCUCUCAAAAUGAAAAUAUUUAUACAGAUUGCUGAAUGUGCCGGCAAUAUUUUUGAAAUGCACAAUACAAAUUAUGAAAUGAAUUUUGGUCCAGAAGCCCGCCGCAAACAGUACAAACAAAAAAUGAAAAAUAUUUUCAUGUCAUUCGUUCAUGAUCGUAAGGCUGACGAAACUGCUGCAUCUGAGUUCAGUUACUCAGUCAAAUCCUCUGUUCGAGAUUCUGUUAUAAAGGUUCUGUCGAGGGAAGUCAAAGUUGCAUUAUGUUCGCAUAUCGGUUCAAUGAAAUAUCAUUUUAUUACAAACUUACUAACUGAUUUAUUAAGCAUGAAUGAUUAUAAAUCAUUCUCUGAAUAUAAUCAUAACCCAAAAUUGUUUGCUGCACAGUGGAUCACAACACGAUCAAACACGUUUCUAUUUUGUCAGCCUUCAAGAAAGUACUACUCUAUGGCUUGUAGCUACAUAAAGGAAUACUUUGAAGACGUCAAAGGAUCAGUUGUUAAAACUGCUGAAAUAUUUUCUAAAAGAUCUACAUCUGAUUGUGAAACUGUGGAGAUCAGUUCUCCUUCUGAUGACUGGAUUGACACAUUGUCAUCGAAUUUACAAAAAUGUACAUUAUCUAAUUCACAGUUCAAUCUUUUAAAGAACAUUCUGCGACAGAAAAUUGAAAAGGAGCUAAUAAUUAGAAAUUUAGAUGAAUCUGAACACAAACUUAAAGAGGAGUUUGAAAAGGUUGAUAGUACAACUGUUACUUGGAAUAUAUCAGAAAGACUAGAUCCCAUAACAGAAGUAAUAAAGGAAACUUGGGGGUGUCCAGAUGAAUGUCCAUUUUGCGGUGAACCAUGUGCUAGAGAUAUUCACGAUGCCGAGAAAAUGCCUCACUUUUGUAUACAGCAUAAACCAAAAGGAUGUAAAAGGAUUCAUUUAUUAGUUUCAAAACAACUUAGUAUUACUACAUGCAACUUUGCAGUUUCUUCAUCAGAUUUAACUCAUACUUGCAGUGUGUUCGACUAUGCUUGUAAAUCGGACACUAAAAAAACGAGUUGCCCGCUGGAAAAACACAGAUAUCGUGAUUAUAAAAAAUUCAUAAAAAGUUGGGACAUAGAACCAAAUACAGAUAUCAACGCAGUUUGUAAGUUUUGGAUGCUGUAUUUAAGUAGAUUUGCAAAGGACAUUACAAAAGACACUGAUAUUGAAAUUUCAAAUAUCCCUGCGUCUUGGCAGGAUAUUUCAGAUAAAGAUGCGACUGAAAGUCUAAGAAAACUAUAUACG